AUGGUGGUUGAUGUCAACAGGGUUAACUGGAGUGACUUCGGAAACUCUGAUCCCAGGGUAGGUUAUCUCAGACGAUAUUUAACUAUACUGUCUUUGUCUCUCUUUGAGCUUGUUUACGCUUGAAAAUGCAUUCUAAGUUUGACAAGGCGUAAAAUUCGAUGGAAUUAGAAGUGUCGUCGGUCGCAAGUAAAACUGCAAGUGAUGCAAGUGGUAGCAGAACAGACACGGCAAGCGAUGAUGAGGAAUCUUAUCAGACAGAUCAACAGAAAUAUGUCAUCCCAGAGGUGAUCCACAUUCCAUCUGCAUCUGAUAACAGCCCAAAGAGUUCAGGAAUUGCCGUGUAUAAAUAUUCCUCCUCUGAGGAAUCUGAUCAUGAAGAAUGCUAUGAAGAGGGAAAUUAUCCUUCAGGAUAUGUUAGAGGUUUGGCCCCACCCCAGGUUUUGCUUAAAAGCUACAGAAGGCAAGCACGGGAAUUUGCCAACAAUGGAGAUGAUAGAGCUGUACAUGAUCGAAUCCGAUGUGUAGCUUUAACCAGAAUAAUUUAUGGGGAUAAUCACUGGAAACUGGCUAAAGCUUACUCAAAGCUUUCACAGACAUAUCUAGAGCAGAAGGGAAUGGCCCAGCAAGCCCUGAUUCAUGCUGGAAAUGCUCGUGAUGUGUUACUGGCAGCAGAUGCAGUAAAACAUCAAGGAAGACAGAUUUAUGACAGAUCUGAUGUGCUUCCUGUUAUGGAAUUGAUGUAUCUUGUGAUGGGACAAGCUCAGAUUGCCUUGAAGAACACACAGAAGGCUGAGAACAGCUUUAAGAAAGCAGAGUUAGUAUCACGAGAAAGAGAAGAACUAGGGCCAAAACAUCAGGACCCUAACAGACGGCUUCAAAUAUUGAUGGUCCUUGGUCGCGUCAGUCUUAAGACUCACAAAACAGGACAUGCCCUGGAAUGCUUUGAAAAGGCAUUAGAGGUUGCUCAGAAAUAUUAUGGAGCUGAAAGCAAAGAGUUGAUUCCAAUUUACCAAAGCCUGGCACGUGCGGAAGGAAGUCAUGGUGACACAGCCAGCAGAGAAAGGGCAUCAAAGUUGUUAAUGCAAGCUCAUGAUAUCAGCAAAUCAAAAUUUGGGGAAGAUUCAAUGGAAGUUGCAGACUCUUCAUUUGUUAUGGCCAUAAGUUACACUGAUGAUGAUGAAAGCCUAGAUAAAGCCAAGAAAUACUUGAAGGAUGCCAUAACUUUAUACAUGAAGCAUAGAGGUCCAUAUAAUAACUCAACUAUAAAGGCCCAGGAUGAGCUCAGUCGUUUGUUAAUUCGUGAUGGCAGUCUGGAGGAGGCAGUGUCGCUUCAGAAGUCAGUGGCAGAAGCUAAGACAGUGGUGUAUGGUGACCCAAGUGAGCAGGCUGCAGCUUCAUACCAGUUGAUGGGUAGUAUAAGACUGAAACAAGGACGAACACAGCAGGCUUUGAAAUGGCUCACCAAGGCGCACAAUAUGCUGAGUGCAACAUUAGGAAAGAGUCACAAGAGAACAAAAGAGAUGGCAGACACCAUUAGCCGCAUAAAGAUGUCGCCUGAUGCUCAAAAAUUCCUAAGUGCAGAAGACAAACUGAAGAAGAGACCAAGGUUCACUCAAGUCGUGGGUAGAUCUAAACCCUUGGGGUACUCAUCAACCCCUUACGGGGAUUAACUUCAUUCGUGUAACGCUGAGUGGAACCAGGGAUGACAGAAAUGCGAAUGCUAAAUGUAUAUAUUGCACAGAACAAUCUAUAUAACUGUAAAUUGUCUAAACCAACAUGAAGGAAAAUCACGAUAGAGCGUGCCAUCUUGUGUCAGUAACGUCUUUCUUUCUUCGUAUUUCGAAGUUCCCUUUCUUACAUUGUCUUAACUCUUUUUUCCAUGAACCGCACCUUUCAUUCCCAUUUAACUAUUCUCUUGCAAACCAGUGCGCCCAUAUGCUGCUUAUGAAUAAGAUUACUGUGGUCGAAAUUCUUCAGUCAUUUCAUCUCUUGAAAAGGAAUAUCUUUACCUACCAUUGACCAUAUCCUAGAGCACUGCACCAGAAUGGCAUGUUGAAAAAAUCAAAUCCUGUAAAAGCUCUCUAUUUUUCAUUAUUUUUAAGUGAAAUAAUACAAGUGAGUUACUGUUCGUUCUAUCCUUUUUUCGUCUCUAUCAUCACACGUCAAUUUUAUUUAUCUAUUAUCUAAUUUAACGCCAUGACUUUCUUUUUUCGUCUUGGUUUAAUCAGUCAAGCGCUGGAACAAAUGAGCUGAUCAUAAUUUAUUUUCAACUGAAUACCUAAACAAUAUUACAAACAAAUCUUUGGUAAGAAAUGUGAACAAUUGAAUGUUUGCCAAAAGGGUUGAUUGUUUUCACAAAAUGUGAAGAUAUCCUCUCCAAAUCUACUGUUUAAGGGCUUUAAUAGGGAGAAAAGUAAUGUAAGAGGCUUAGUGAUACGAGCUGCCUAUUGCUUGCUCCGCGUCGCAUGAGUAAAUGUCAUGAAAUGCUUUCUUAGAUAUUUUCAGGAAUUUGAGGAGAGAAAUACAUGGCGAUGUCUUUGUAGUUGA